GGUGACGACGAAGGUCAACAGUCAUUACAAAAUCAAUGGACAGAGGAAGACUCCCAAGGAAGAGUGUCUUUCCUCAAGACUGCCUUAAAGUCACGAAAUGUACAUGACAGAUCCACGGAUGUACAGCGGAGAGCCUGGAGGUCCAAUAGCCAUAGCCAGGAAGGGCAAAGGUCCACUCGUAUGCACACAAAGAAAAGGGUUUCUUCCUUUCCGGGAAUUAAAAUUGGCAUGGAAGACCUCUAUACUUCACGGAGAUAUAUGGAAGCCAAAGUUCGAACUGAAGUCCAUAAGGUGACGACGAAGGUCAACAGUCAUUACAAAAUCAGUGGACAGAGGAAGACUCCCAAGGAAGAGAAGCUAAGAAUGAAAGAAUGUGAGCAAGCAGAAAAGGACAGGCAGCUAUCAGAGGCAGAGGAAAAUGGGAAAUCGAUUAUGAAAGAAAUAGACACCGACAUGAAAUUGUUUCACGCUGCGGAAAGGUUGCGGCAGCGGGCAGAGGACUACUACAGACGCAAAAUCGCCCCUUCUGCAAGAAAGCCUCAUGCCAACUGGCUCUGUGCUCAAGCCUUGCAGAGGAAGAUGGCAGAGAGGAAGGCUGCCUCCAAGCAGCAAAGGUGUGAAAUGAGGGAAAAGCAGAGAGUGCCAGAGAGACACAUGCGUCGGGAGCCAGUCCAGGGACGACCGGGCCUAGAGAACCCUUUCUGGAGGGAUUCAGGACCUCAUUCGGUUCCCAUGAGGAACAGCAGCUGCGUCCCAGCUGAAAACAGAGAGAAGACAAAGGUCAGAAUGGCUGCAGUGGAGCAUCAUCAUUCCUCAGGAUUGCCCUACUGGCCCGACCUCACAGCUGAAACUUUCAGAAAAAGGAAGGGCCGCCAGGCACCUCCUCCAACUCAGUGUCAUCUGGGAGGUCAACCACCUCCAUCAGCUAAAGAUCGUCUGAGACCUCUGAAUCUGUCUGGACUACAGUGUCGACAAGAACCUCAACCACAUUCUACAACUGAUGAGUUUCUGAGAAGAGAUAAACUUCAAGUUGAGUGUCCCCUGGCACCUGUACCAUUUCCUCCAGCAGAAGAUUUUGUGAGCCUCAAAACACCUCCCGAGUGUCUUCUGGUACCUCUUCCACCCUCUCCAGUUGAGGACUUCCUGACACCAGAGAACCUGCCCAUUGAGUGUUGCCGGGGACCUGUACCAUCUCCUCGAGCUGAUAAUGUUAGGAAACGCAAGACACCUCCCGACUCUUUUUUUUUUGACGACUUUCUGACACCAGAGAACCCGCCCGUCGAGUGUUGCCGGGGACCUGUACCAUCUCCUCGAGCUGAUAAUGUUAGGAAACGCAAGACACCUCCCGACUCUUUUUUUGUACCUCUUCCACCUUCUCCAGUGGAUGAUUCUCUUAGCCUCAAGACACCUCCCGAGUGUCUUCUGGUACCUCUUCCACCCUCUCCAGUUGACGACUUUCUGACACCAGAGAACCUGCCCAUUGAGUGUUGCCGGGGACCUUUGAUGAUAUUUUCAGACCACAGCCACGUCCCAUCCACUGUCGCCUGGGACCUGGACCAUCUUCUCAAUCUGAUUAUUUUCCGAGAGUCAAGACACCUCCCGAGUGUUUUUGUUACCUCUUCCACCUUCUCCGAGUUGAUGACUCUCUGA